UGCAUUUAUUUCCUAUAGUGGGAUGUUAGCGCAGCCAAGCGACCAUUCAGACUAGCUGUUAAACCUUCAGGCAUCGUACAACUUUUCCCACUGAAAGGAGGAUCCCCUAUUAAAUUCACUUACGAAAAGGGAAUAAUAAAAUAAAGGAUGGAAAGCAAAUUUCCAAAAGAUGAUUAUAUUCAUUUUCAGGAAUAAUAUACCGCUUCUCGUUAAUUUGUAACGACGGGUCAUCCUGGACUAUUCCUGCAUAUCAUCCCUGUGUAAAUUCCAGCUGCGACUUUCUCAUGUUGCUGUUACUGAGCAAGGCGCUGGAAGGAGAAGUUUGCUGGGCUGUCUGCUGAUGGAGAGCGGACCCCUGUCUGCAGUGUGAUGGGGGCUGCGGUGUAAAGAGAGCCCUCGGAGUGGCCAUGCUUUCCUCUUCCUGACACUGUGGUUGGUUUUGCUGAUGUUUGUUGGAGCCACAGAGGCAGCACCCAGUAACAGAGGAGCUCAGAAGUUUUGUGGAGAGAAUGAAGCGAUUGCUUGGAUCCUGUGAGCUCUGCUGCUGCUCUUGGUGAUCACACGCCGUGAGAGGAACAUCGCUCCCAUCGCCAGUGAACGCGGUGGGACUACAGCUGCCACUUCUCCCCUUCUUCUGCCUUUUCUGUCAGUGAUGUGUAAAUUUACUUGGUGGUGCCUGACGCUGAGCAGGGUCUGCCUGCUGAUCCCCUGCGCUCUGGUGCUAGCCAGGGUCCCUGGCUCUUCCUCACACCCUCAGCCCUGUCAGAUCCUCAAGAGAAUUGGGCACACUGUGCGGAUCGGGGCUGUCCAGCUCCAGCCCUGGAAGACAAGGGGCAUCACUGCCCAGUACUCGCGAACUUGGCCGGAAAAUGACAGCGGACACCAGAAGCCGGGCGCAGGUGGGGACAACGGUGCAGAGGAGACAGAGCGGAUGGACCGGUCGGGCAGGAUGAAAGAAGGAGAUAAGCGGGAUGUCAUUAGCCACACUUUGGAAAGAAAGUCUAGCCAUGGUCCUCGGAGUUCUAUUGGCCACAGAGGUGGGGACGAGCUGCUGUUUCCCAGGGAUGCGCUACUUUUGGCAGUGGAUAACCUGAAUCGGGUGCCAGGUCUUUUGCCAUAUAAUCUAUCCUUGGAAGUUGUGAUGGCUAUAGAAGCUGGGCUAGGGGACCUUCCCAUCCUCCCAGUUUCAUCCUCCAGCUCUUCUUGGAGUAGUGACCCGGUGUCUUUUCUCCAGAGUGUCUGCCAUACGGUAGUGGUCCAAGGAGUCAGUGCCAUCAUUGCCUUCCCCCAAAACAAAGGAGAGAUGUUGGAAUUGGAGUUUAUAUCAUCAAUUUUACAAAUACCCGUUGUUAGUAUUGUAAGAAGUGAGUUUUUUCGAAAAACUGAGAAUCCACUCCAUCUGCAACUUAGCAUUGAAAACUCUCUGACUUCAAAUGCUGAUGUCACUUUCUCCAUUCUGUCAAUGAACAACUGGCAUAAUUAUAGCAUAUUACUAUGCCAAGAAGACUGGAAAAUAACAGAUUUCCUCACUCUAACACAAAAUAAUUCCAGGUUUCACCUCGGAUUAAUCAUAAAUGUUACAGUAAAUGUAACACUGACAAAUGAUUUUAUAAGCUACCUACAGUUAAACCUGGAAAGCAUAAAGGAUACUACAUCUACAAUUGUUAUGUUUGGCUGUGAUAUGGAUGACACAAGACGGAUUUUUGAAGCCGCUACCCAGUAUGGAAUAAUAUUACCAGAGUUUUUUUGGAUUUUCGGAGACUCUCAAAAUGUUGAUGAAUUAAGGACUGAAGGUUUACCUUUGGGCCUCAUAGCUCAUGGGACAACUACUGCUUCCUACUUUGAACAUUAUGUGCAAGAUGCAAUGGAGUUAAUAGCGAGAGCCAUUGCCACGGCUACAAUGGAUCAGCCAGAAUUGGCACUUGUUCCCAGUACAAUGAACUGCAUGAGCAGAGACAGUCUAAAUCUCACAUCUGGACAGUACUUAUCCAGGUUUUUAUCAAAUACAUCAUUCAGUGGUGUUAGUGGACAUGUCAAAGUGAAAGACUCAUCUAUUGUCAACUCAGAAAACCAUUAUUUUAUCUGGAAUUUACAACAUGACCCCAUUGGCAAUCUGAUGUGGACACGUCUUGGGAGCUGGCAAAAUGAAAAAAUCAUCAUGGAUUAUGGAUUAUGGCCAGACCAGGCACAAAGACAAAAAAGUCACUACCAACAGCCAACACGAUUACACCUUAGAGUUGUCACUCUGAUUGAACCUCCUUUUGUGUUUACAAGAAAUGUAGAUAAUGAUGGACAGUGUCCAGCAGGCCAGCUUUGCUUAGAUCCGAUGACAAAUGAUUCAGGAGUAUUGGAUAAUCUUUUUGAAAGCUUACAAAGUGACAAUGACACAGUGCCUAUUGAGUACAAAAAGUGUUGCUAUGGUUACUGCAUUGACCUGUUGGAAAAAUUGUCAGAAGAUCUGAACUUUGAUUUUGACCUCUAUAUAGUUGGUGAUGGAAAGUAUGGAGCUUGGAAAAAUGGUCACUGGACAGGACUUGUAGGAGACCUACUAAGUGGUACGGCCCACCUGGCCGUAACCUCAUUUAGCAUUAAUACAGCUAGAAGUCAAGUAAUAGACUUUACAAGUCCAUUCUUUUCAACAAGUCUGGGUAUAUUAGUAAGGACUAAAGAUACAGCCGCACCUAUUGGAGCCUUUAUGUGGCCACUUCAUUGGACAAUGUGGCUGGGAAUAUUUGUAUCUCUUCAUAUUACCGCUGUGUUUCUAACACUUUAUGAAUGGAAAAGCCCCUUUGGUAUGACCCCAAAUGGCAGAAACAGAAGCAAAGUAUUUUCCUUUUCCUCAGCAUUAAAUGUAUGUUACGCCAUAUUGUUUGGCAGGACAGCUGCUAUCAAGACUCCAAAAUGCUGGACUGGAAGAUUUUUGAUGAAUCUCUGGGCAAUAUUUUGCUUGUUUUGUUUGUCAACAUAUACUGCUAAUCUGGCAGCUGUCAUGGUUGGAGAAAAAAUAUAUGAGGAGCUUUCCGGAAUCCACGAUCCUAAGUUACAUCAUCCCUCCCAAGGGUUUCGCUUUGGAACAGUAAAAGAAAGCAGUGCUGAAGACUAUGUGAAGAAGAGUUUCCCUGAGAUGCAUGAGUACAUGAGGAGAUAUAACACACCCUCGACAUCUGAUGGAGUUGCAUUUCUAAAAAAUGACCCAGAAACAUUGGAUGCUUUCAUCAUGGAUAAAGCGCUCUUGGACUAUGAGGUUUCUAUAGAUGCUGAAUGCAAGUUACUGACUGUGGGCAAGCCUUUUGCAAUUGAAGGUUAUGGGAUUGGACUUCCUCCAAACUCACCAUUGACAUCAAAUAUAUCAGAAUUAAUCGGUCAGUAUAAAUCAAGUGGACAUAUGGACUCACUUCAUGACAAAUGGUACAAAGUGGUACCUUGUGGGAAGAGAAGUUUUGCUGUCACUGAGACGCUGCAAAUGGGCAUCAAACACUUCUCGGGGCUGUUUGUUAUGCUCUGUAUAGGAAUCGGUGUGUCUAUUCUCACCACUAUUGGAGAACAUAUUGUCUUCAGAUUGGUCCUGCCGAGAAUUAAAAAGAAAUCAAAAUUGAAAUACUGGCUUCACACUAGUCAGCGCCUCCACAGAGCUUUAAACACUUCUUUCAAUGAAGAAAAAUUUCAAGAGAAACUAAAACGACUGGAGAAAAGAUGCAAUACAGGAAACAGUCAACAACGUGUGUGGAAUACUGCUAACCAGAGUAGUUGUAACAGGAGGAAAUAUAUCAUGAAAGGAGCACACAACGAAUUAACCUUCAGGCACCAACAAGAUUUGCCUCUGCCCCAGUUAAGGAGAGAAACUCCAAAAUUACUUACCACAAAUGGGGAGGCUGAAACCCUUAACAUAUCUAGAAAUUCAGUUGUACAGGAGCUGUCAGAACUUGAAAAACAGAUUCAGGUUAUUAAGCAAGAAUUGCAAAUAGCCAUGAACAGAAAACAUGAACUGGAAGAGUACCAGAGAAAAAACAGGACUUCUGAAUCUUAAAGUAAAUUUCUCAUCUUAACAUUGAACAUUUAUUACUGACAAAAGUCGCAUUUGGAACUGAAUCUGUGUGGUCAUUGGACACCAAGAUAUCUAUUGUACAUGAUGACAUGAUUUCUUUACUUCUUCUGAGAUUUGUUUGUCAUUUUUGUAAGAUCCAACCUGUAUUUCUCUAGUCCAUGUGAACUGUUAUCCAGUAUGAAAUGUGACCUUGGAGUCUUUUAAAACUCGGAACCACAAUUGCCCUUAUGUCCCUUCUAUGGUAUUAAAUGAUGGUUUUCACUUCUGAGCCCCUUAGUGUGCAUUAAUAAAACUAAAAUGGUUUUGAAUUAU